ACAUCCCUGAGGUCAAGGCAGACAUUUCCCCCAGUGACCUGCUGAAAAAACAUGAAAACAUACUCCUGGUUGGUAAACCUGGAAUUGGAAAGACAGCACUCGCUCAUGAAAUGUUAAAACUCUGGGCAGAAAGAGACAACAAGGUGCUCGAUUACAUGUUUUACUUUGACAUGAGAGAAACAUCCGACAUCAGGAAGGACACAAGCUUGGAGGAUCUUCUCUUCAGUGUGUUCAGUGAACCAGAUGAAGGCAAAGAAGAGGUCUUACAGGACAUUAAGCAGAACUGUGACAAUGUUACACUCAUCUUUGAUGGAGUCACAGAUCUGUGUUCUUCAUCAGUGGUGAAGAGACUUGUAGAGAAGGACCUACUACCUGAUGCUACAGUCAUCGUGACUUGCAGACAGGAUGAUGAGGAAGAGUUUGCUUCUGAGGACUAUCUCAGAGUGGAAGUAAAAGGCUUUAGUGAGCAGACUAUAAAAACAUACUUAUCUGCAAUGCUCGGGGAAGAACAGAAGAAGGUUUUGAGCAACGUGGAGUUGUUAACUCUGUGCCAUGUCCCAAUGUAUGCAUUGAUGGUGGCUGUCUGCUUUUCAUUUGAGACACCAGAAGACUCUCCACAGCCAUGCACCAUCACUGAAAUCUACAUCAAUAUCGUUCGUAUUUGCCUUCAAAUAAACAGCAAAAACAUGAAAAAAAGAAAUCUAAAUGACUUCAUCAAAAACAAGAGUAAGGAAAUACUGUCUUUGGCUGAGGCUGCUUUUCAUGCAACUGAAGGAAAAACUGUGAACUUGAUAGAACGUCUCUUUGAAGACAGCUGUGUCCUUUGCUUUCUGAAAACACUUUUUGUUGAAGUCGCCCACACUGAGACAAAAGCCACAUAUGCAUUUCUCCAUUACACAAUGCAGGAGUUUUUUGCAGCUCUGUGGCUCUUGAAGAAUCCAGAAAAAAUCCAGGAAGUUUUUCAGCAAUGCCUCACUGAGGAGAAGACACAAGAACACAUGAAACAUCUGAUCCCUUUCAUGUGUAGAUUGUUGAAUGAGAAGAGCCCCAGUUUGAUGAAUUGUCUGAUUCCAGCUCAGGAGCUCAAGAAUACAUCUAACUGGUUCUUCAAGGAAAUGAUCACCACAUUGUCCAACAAUAAGCUUGAGGUGGACAUACUCUUCCUCUGCCAGUGUUUGUAUGAGUCCCAGUGUCCUGAAGCAUGCGUCCACCUUCUGGACAAACUGGGCUACCAUCUUGAUCUCAGUGGAGGGAGUCUUGAUGCUUACCCUUGCUGUGCUGUGGCCUAUGUGAUCACUCAGUCAAAGGAGAGGAAAAUAUCCCUGGACCUUGAGGACAUCACGGUGUCAGAACAAGGAAUGACACGACUAUUUGGAUGCCUGGAAAAUGUCCAAUGGUGUGACCCUCUGCCACAGCAGCUUUGGAGGACUUUUCUUCUCAGUGAAGGGCAGAUGGACCCCAUCAGCUUACUUGGCCUUGAUGGAAAUCGGCUGCACCUUCCAGUUGAGGGUAAAAGACAGCUGUUUGAAAGAGCAGUCAAAGUCAUGCAGAAGAUUACUACGAAGGUUAAUGUCUGCCUCCACUGGGAUAAGGAAACUCCUGUCUGCCAGAGUCUGUGUGAGUCUCUCUUUGAGGCUUUGCCUCACAUCAGUUCAUUCAGCUUCAGGAAGACCUACAGAGGUCCAGGAUCUCAGAACCAGGAGCAAAGCCACGGGACACUGGAGAGAGAAGAAAAGCAGCUAUUUCUGGAUUUAUGCCUGAAAGCUGCAAAUCACAAAGGAGAAGGCUUUCAUAAUGUAGUGAAUAUGCUCAUCUCAUUGUUUUCUGUUAGCACGGACUUACAUAACAUCCUUCUUGAUUUUUAUCAACAUGUCAAGAGUGAAGGGUUUUCGGCUGUCAUUCCAAAACUCAGGCCAGUUUUCCAGUCAGCUCCUGCAGUCUGGAUCAUAAACCUCUCAGAGAGAAAGAUCUCCAUCCUCCUGGAAGUGCUGAAACUCCAAUCAGAGAAGAAACAAGUGGAGCUGAGAGGUUGCUCAGAUGAAGAGAGUGAAGUGAGGAAUUUCCUACAGUGUCUGCCUUAUGUCUCACAGCUCAGGUGGGCCUCCAGGAAGCAGGCCACAGAAGCGGUGAUCCAGAGCCUCCCAGCCAUUCUCAAAGCCCUGAGCCGUAUCCAACACCACCACAACAGCACACCCAAGGCGGCCUCUGAAGCUGACGGCCUGCUUUCAAAACUCAGCACAUUUGAAUUCAUGUUCAUUACGGUGGCUCAGAUCAGAGAGUUACGCACAGAAGAAGCCUUUGACAGCAUGGAGAACACAGCAAGAAGUAUGGUCAGAGAAAGCGACGCAGCCACCGAGUUUGCGGAGCAGAGGAUUCGCAAGAGAAAAAGGCAUUUUGACGAGGAUGCAGAGGAUGACCAGAUCGAGGACAGCAGACGCCGCUUCAAAGCGGAAAUUUAUUUUUACAUUCUGGAUGUUUUUGUGGGGCAGUUUGAAAGUAGAUUUUCAGACUUCAAAAAAAUGGCCAAACUGUUCGCAGUCCUCUGCCCAAAGCGGUUUGAGCACCCUGAUGCUGAGGAGAAAAUGCUUGAACUGGCCCGUUUCUACUCAGAAGACAUGCCCAAGCCAGAAGACGCAGUGGAGGAGUUUUGUUCUUUUCGUGCAUUGUAUUCAGAGUUAAACAUGGAUUUCACCACCGACGCCGUCCUGCCAUUCCUUAUUGCCAACGACAUUGAUAGAGCCUACCCACACCUGACCAUUCUCCACAGGAUUUAUAAAACCCUUCCCAUCAGCAGCGCCAAAGGAAGUUUCAGCAGUCUGCGGCUCAUAAAGACAUACUUGCGUUCGUGCAUGGAUGAGGCCAGACUGUCCCAUCUCACCUUGCUGUGUGUGGAGCGGGAGAUACAUAUCAACAAGGACAAAGUGGUUGGCAGAUUUGCCACCAUGAAGGAGAGGAGGAUGAAGAUGUAA